AUGCAUUACAAAAAAUUUUUUUAUGUUCUUGUUAAUUUUGCACUGAUUUUUAUUUUGCAGAACUCUGGCAACAAGAAAGAAGAUGCAUGGUUACUUAAUAGAAUUGAAAUUACUAAUACAGCUAAAAAAAAAACAUGGUCAUUCCUUUGUUACCAAUGGCUUUCAUUAUUCCAUGGGGAUGGACACUCUGAAAGAAAAUUAUUUCCUCACAAAUUAAUCAAAACUGAAUAUGAAGUGGUCACAGUAACUGGAGAUGCAGUGGAUGCAAGUACCGGUGCAAAUGUAUUCAUUACAUUGUAUGGCAAAUUAGGGGUGAGCAAGAAAAUUCCUUUGAGAAGUAAGAAGGUUUGUUUCCAGAAAGGUGAAAGUGACAGAUUUCAAUUGAAAACCACUUGUAUUGACCCACUUAUUAAAAUCCACAUUGAACAUGACAACACAGGCUUUUCUCCUGGAUGGUUUUUGGAAAGGGUUGUAGUAACCAAUCUAAAAGGUAUUAAAAAACCAUAUUAUUUUCCAUGUGGAAAAUGGUUGGCAAAGGAUAAAGGAGAUGGCAGCAUCAGUCAAGAUCUGAUUGGAAGCAGAGAUCCUCUUCUUAUGAGAAAAGAUAAUAUCUAUAAUGUUACUGUCUAUACAGGAGAUAUAAAAGGUGCUGGAACUAAUGCAUCUGUCUUUAUCACUUUAUUUGGAGAAUUUACUGAUUCUGGAAAACACAGAUUAAGAAGUUCAAUAAAAGAUUUUCAACGUGGCAGGGUUGAUCAAUUCAUUAUAAAAUGUCCUUGCUUAGGACAUUUGGAAAGAAUACACAUUGAACACGAUAACACAGGAUUUGGACCAGGAUGGUUCUUGGAUAAGUUUUUUUCCUUCCUUCUCUUUCUCAAUUCUCUUUUGCCCACUUAA